ACUUAACCCGCGCCCUCGCCAUUCUUACCUUCCUCCGCCCUUUAGCACUAUACCACAAAUGAAUCACGACGAUGAUCUAACGGCGUCACAUUGGGACGACAUUCUCUCUCCCUCGACCCACACCUCAUACAAUGCCGCCUCCAGCACCUAUUUGGAUCCCGAAUUUAAUGGGUUCCAGGACUUAUCCCUAGGGGACCCAGACAACACAACCACACACCACGACGACACCGAGCCCGAAUCCAGCGAAGAAGACUCCCACCAGGCUCCACUGGCCCACCACGAAGUUCAAGAAUCGUCCUAUGCGGUGGACCUGGUGACAGAGUCUCCCAAUUACAACCAUUCAUCUGCCUACGACACCGCCAGAUCUGAACUCGAGCAAAUGCACGAGUUGAAAAAAGAAGAAAGGGCCAAGCAGAAGUCCAAGCUCAUGGACGAGUUGGCCAGCAACGACGAUUUCGACCACCAGUUGGAGCAGUCGGUGAUGGCUGCUACUCCAGGGGAUAACUUUGACUCGUUGUUUAAUGAUGCUAAAAGUCCCAUCAAAUUUGAUCUUCUGGCUGAUGUGAAGAGCAAGAAUGGCAAGAGUAAACAGUUUAAACGACCUCGGAAGUUUUCUCUGCAAAAGAAUGCCAAAAACUUGAAGUCCACCCCUGCAAAAGAGAAUGAAAAUUUGGGACCUCUUGGAUCCACUGAUAAUAAGUCUACUGAUAACCUUUCGAUGAAAUCUGCUAACGCCAAGGAAGAAUUAGUCAAGGAGUCGGAGGCUCCAUUGUAUGAUCUUUCGAAAGAUGCCCAACGGGAGCAGCAAGCAAGAACCCCAGCGGCGAUUGCAGCGAUCAAAGCACAUAAUGGAGAGCACGACCCUAGUAAACCCAAAAACCAUCUCGAGAUAACUGUGGGCGAUCCAAUGAAGGUGGGGGACAUUACCAACGCACAUAUCGUUUAUCGUAUAACCACCAAGAAUAAGAAUCUUGAACCAAGCACUUUUCCACAGCAAACUGAACCGUUCAUCGUUACCAGACGGUAUAAGGAUUUCCGGUGGAUAUACCACCAGCUCCAAAACAACCACAUGGGAAGAAUCAUUCCUCCACCUCCAUCGAAACAGACAUAUAUUGGCCGGUUCAAUGAGAGUUUCAUUGAGAACAGAAGGCUUUCGUUGGAGAAGAUGUUGAGCAAAACCAGUAGCAUUCCGGAUUUGUCCAACGACCCUGAUUUCAUCAUGUUUUUGACUAGUGAAGACUUUGCAAAUGAGUCUAAAGAAAGAGAAAGAAUCAGUGGAUCUGGUGCAUCUUUGCAGAAUAAUGACAUGUUGGAUAACCCUGCCGACACCAGCUCUGCCAAUAACGGUUUCAUGUCCUCGAUCUUUUCUAUCUCCAACAAACCCCAAGAACCAGAAGAGUUUUUCGACACCAAAAAGCAUUAUAUUGAGGCCUUGGAAUCCAAUUUGCAAAACUUUUACUCUGCAAUCGAGUUGAUAAUUAAUCAAAGAAUCGAUAUUGUUAACAUUAUCGAACAAAUUACUGUGGCCAUCCAAGAGUUGACCGAUUUAGAGAUAUCAAAGAAGACAUCGGAUACUUUGGCGGCCUUCAAUGAAGUGCAAAUCAAGUUGAAGGACAACCUUGAUAGAGUCAACUUGCAAGACCACUUAACCUUGGGGUUCACCAUCGAAGAGUACUUGCGGAUAAUUGGAUCCAUCAAGUAUGUGUUUGAUCAAAGACUAACAAUCUACGAGUCGUACCAAAACAACUUGAGCGAUUUAAACAAGAAAAAAACCCUGUUAACUAAGUACAAGCUGAGAAAUCAAGUCGAUAAGAUAAGUCAACUCAACUUUGAAAUCGACAAAUUACAGACUAAAACCGAUAGUUUUGAGAAGAGAUUCAAGACCAUUAGCGACACAAUAAAACAGGAGCUUGAAAACUUUGAGCUUGAAAAAAUUGACGAUUUCCGUAACAGCGUGGAAAUCUUCAUAGAGAGCUCCAUUGAGUCUCAGAAGGAAAGUAUUGAGUUAUGGGAAACAUUCUAUGAACGACAAAGCCUAUCUUCCUACUAAAUUUCCCAUCUAUUAUUUAGUAAAUACAAUAUAACCGCAACUUACUGACCAGAUAAUGACUCUAUACCACAUCAAAAUUAACUUAACCACUUGAACAUAAUCUACCCCUUUUCUAUUGUGUUUUUCACUAAAACCGCUUAGUGAAAAAUUUUUAGCGGCUGUAAUUGGAGGACGGGCUAAAAUAAUAUCAAUACUGUUAGACCAAAUUUCCCACUAAAACAUAAUUGAUAUUAAUUCAGACACUAAGGUGCAGGCAAAUGGUGCUAUUGAAAGUCGGUAACAAUGUAACUUUUA